CAAUUAAAGAGGUGAUAGGCUACCAGUCAACCGUCUACAUCGUACAUGGGAAGGACACUUUGGACACUUGUUCAUCAGUGUGAGCAGAGCAGGAAGCAUGACAGGGGAGACCUUCAGAGUGUUAAGGUUAUGUCAGCAUCACGUGGCUCUGCUGCGGAGAUAUCCACAUCCCGGCUCAUCACUCCAAACAACCAGAUCCUUCAGUUCACUCAGGGAAGGUAAGCGCAGAGGGUUGCUAUGGAAGACACUCGUUGGCGUCACCGUUGGCGUGCCUGUGGCGGUGGGUGUCCGCUACGCCGUGUCAGAACCCAGAGAGAGGAGGAAGAUGAGGAUCGUGAUUGAAGGAUUCGGUCGGUUCUGCAGAUCUCUCUCUGUGGGAAUUUUUAUCUCUUUGGAUUACUGGUGGACCACCAAUGUGGCUAUUCGUGGUCUAGAUGAGAGCAGCCCAUCCUACUUGGCCGAGAUGUCAGCUUGCCACCAAAGGGCAGCAGAGUACAUGGUGGAAGGAGCCAUAAAGAAUGGAGGAAUAUACAUCAAACUCGGCCAAGGUCUGUGUUCCUUUAACCACCUGCUACCCCCCGAGUACAUCCGCACCCUGCAAGUACUUGAAGACAAGGCAUUGAACAGGAAGUACAAAGAGGUGGAUGCUCUCUUCCAAGAAGACUUCAACAAAAGCCCAGAUGAGCUUUUUAAGAAGUUUGACUAUGAACCGAUUGCUGCUGCCAGCUUGGCCCAGGUCCAUAAGGCAGAACUGUUUAAUGGAACAUCUGUCGCUGUGAAGGUGCAGUACAUCGAUCUCAGAGAUCGGUUUGAUGGUGAUAUCCGAACAUUGGAGAUCCUGUUGGAUAUCGUUAAGUUCAUGCACCCCAGCUUUGGGUUCAGAUGGGUCCUCAAGGACUUGAAGGGAACAUUGGCUCAAGAGCUGGACUUUGAGAAUGAAGCCAGGAAUUCUGAGCGGUGCGCCGAGGAGCUGAAACACCUCAAAUUUGUUGUUGUACCCAAAGUCUUUUGGGAACAAACUAGUAAAAGAGUGUUGACGGCAGAGUUUUGCAACGGCUGCAAAAUCAACAACGUGGAAGAAAUUAAAAGACAAGGAUUAAGUUUGAAAGAUACUUCUGAUAAACUGAUCCGAGCGUUUGCUGAGCAAAUAUUCUACACCGGUUUCAUCCAUGCUGACCCUCACCCAGGAAAUGUACUAGUGAGACGAGGUCCAGAUAGAAAGGUAGAGUUGGUGCUCUUGGACCAUGGCUUGUACGAAUUCCUUAGUCAACGUAACAGAGUGGCCCUUUGUAAACUGUGGAGGUCCAUAGUCCUGCGUGAUAAGGCAGCAAUGGAGAAGUACGCCAAUGCCCUUGGAGUCAAAGAGUACUUCCUCUUCAGCGAGAUGCUGCUGCAGCGACCCAUCAACAUGCGGGAGCUGGGUCUGUCCAACAUACUGAGUCGCGAGGAGACGACCUACAUGCGCCAAAUGGCCGUCCACCGCUUCGACAGCAUCAUGCAGGUGCUGAAGUCGAUGCCCAGGCCGAUGCUGCUGGUCUUCCGCAACAUCAACACGGUCCGAAGCAUCAACAUCACUCUGGGAGCUCCGGUAGACCGCUACUUCGUCAUGGCCAAGAGUGCAGUGCGAGGUUGGGGAAAGAUCCAGUCAGACAAAGAGGGGAUGCUGCCCAGGUUCUGGGUCUUCCGUUGGGUCAGGACAACGUGGGAGAGCUUCAAGUUUGAAAUGGCUUUGAGAUCGGAGACAGCGAUGAUGAAUCUGACGCGUUCCUUGGUGAACCUGCUGUCUUACUUUGGUCUCAUAUCUCUGGACGCAGACAUGUACGAGUACCUGAGGUAGUGCGCAGCUCACCAACACUUUUCUGAAGGAAAAAAA